AUGAUACUGAAGACUUCACUACUCUAUGGAAUAUUUGCUGUAAUCGAAGCGAGGAAUGGUAAUUUUGAUAAGUAUUGUGAAAUACAAUCCGACGAUGUUGGUUCGCAGUGUUUUAGAAAAGAAAUUAUUACAAGUCUUCCUCACAGCCCCAACCAACUUGCAGUUGAUAGACUGACCAACCAUCUUUACUUUAGCUUUGAUUCUGGUCAAGGAGAGUAUGUUCCUGCUAAAAUGCAAAUUGGUAACGACACUAUAAUGGUACUCAAAGGUGUAAAAGAUGCUUUCGCUAUAGCAAGUGAUAUUGACACUGGAGAAAUUUAUUUCGGAGGCAGUCAUGGAAUUUACAGAUAUACUCCCAAAGCUAAGAAGUUGAGACGACUUGCGAUUGAUAAUUUGGAUAUUUGGUGGUUGGUUGUUAAUAAGAAUGUUAUUUAUUUCAUAAAGUUCCCGAGUCUAAGUGCUUAUAAGUACGAAAACAGAACGAUAAAGUUUAUGUCUCAGCUACAGAGCCAUAGCGUGCAACAAUUUGUUUACGAUCACGACGGGAAUAUUUUCUUCAUAAACAAUACUGGCUUGUAUGGUAUUAAAAACGGAGAAGAUAAUGCUAUUUUAAUAGGAGAUAAUCCAAGAUUUCUAGGCAUGGCUACUGACAACAACGGAGUAGUAUAUCUCUGUAGUGAAGACGGUAUAUUCAAAAUGACUAAAGUAGUCCAGAAACUUAAAAGAGUGAUUAAUAUACAAGGCAUAUUGGGUAUAACGUUUGACAAGGAUAAUAAUAUAAUAUAUUCGGAUUCUCACGAUUUGGUGAGACUGUUCCCAGUUACGAAGGAAAACUACUUCAUAGGAAGCCAUGAGUAUUAA